AUGAACUUAAGCGUCGCAGAUGAUUGCAAGACAUUCACUCUUAACGUCCUGGCGGCAGCGCUCUUCACGAAGCCGUACCCGUUCGAGGGACAGGAGGAGAUGGAGAAGCGCCACGCUGGGUCAGUUGACCCAUCAGACGACUCCUAUCAAUAUCGCGAUUCGUUCUCGAAGAUUCUUCGGGGGAUAAUUCCUAUUGCCAUCUUUGGUGGGGAAACUCUGAGAACCUCGUCCUGGAUGCCGACCUCGAUGAAGGCAGUGGGCGAGGCGGUUGAGAGCUUCAGAUUGUAUGUUCGCGGCAUGAUCGAAGAAGAGAAAAGUAACAAUCGAAAGGACAUAUCGGCUCGGAAGGAUCUGGUUUCUUCUUUAGUGCGAGCUUCGCUGGCCCAGCAGAACGAUGGCCGGGACAUGACCAUCACUGAGCAGGACAUUAUCAGCAAUACUUUUGUCUACGGGUUCGCAGGUAAUGACACCACGGCUAUAACGCUUGCCCAUAUUAUCGUGAACCUCGCUGCAAAUCCGGAUACCCAGAAUUGGAUUCGCGAGGAGAUACAACACUACUGCAAAGACGACGACUUCAAUGAGUGGCCAUACUCCACGUGGACAAAGCUCAAACGAUGCCAAGCUGUCGUGGUAAGCUCCUUGGCCCCCGAAGCAAUCACGAUGUGGCAUUUGACUGAUGUUAUUCCCAGAUGGAAACUCUCCGACUUUGCCACCCACUUGGAUCAUCAUCAAAGCUGA